AUGGGAUCCUCUAUGGGCUUUGCAAAGACAAUCCUUAUUCCAGCAUCAAUCGCAUUGACAGUCUACCUCCUUUUCUCAUUCCUGAUCAUCCCAUUCCUCCGACGUUACCAACAGCGCUAUUCCCAGUACCUUCCCCUGCACGCUAUUUCGGCCCAUACUCUGUCGCUGCGCGAUCGCAUAGCCGAUACAGCCAUGCGCCUUUUUCUCCCAUCCUCGUGGAGGCGAGGGACGCACCUUGACGACCACGACAAUAUCAGUAUAGAUGAGGAGGAAGGGGAACUCAUGACCGGGAUGACUAUGGAUUCCGUUCGCCGGGAGGCUUUAGAACAACGGCGCGGGAUAUCGGGUGACUCGACAAGUCGCCUCAAUCGAGAAUUAGAAGAAGGUUUCAUGGAUGAUAGUGAUGAAGAGGAGCAUGGUGGGAGGAGAGGCGCACAUGGCCAACAUUGA